GUGCCUGAUGCCACUCGGCCGAAGGAUGUGGUCUUGGGAAGGAGGAGGAGGAGGAGGAGGAGGAGGAGGAGGAGGAGGAGGAGGAGGAGGAGGAGGAGGAGGAGGAGGAGGAGGAGGAGGAGGAGGAGGAGGAGGAGGUGGAGGAGGAGGAGGAGGAGGAGGAGGUGGAGGAAGAGGAGGAGGAGGAGGAGGAGGAGGAGGAGGAGGAGGAGGAGGAGGAGGAGGAGGAGGAGGAGGAGGAGGAGGAGGAGGAGGAGGAGGAGGAGGAGGAGGAGGAGGGGAGGAGGAGGAGGAGGAGGAGGGAAACGGCCUAAUCGCAGGGAAGGGAGGGGAGAGCUGGGGCAAGGGAGUGCAUAGGACGCCAUGAGCAGCACCACCGUCAGAUCUCUCG